AUGACCCUCAAAAAGCUCACCGCCAGCACCCCGGCCUCGGGCGUGCCCUUCUACACACCCGCCCAAACCCCCCCAGCCGGCACCGUCCUCCCGUCCACCGACGGCACCACCCAAGCCAUCCCCACGCUCUUCACCCCCAUCACCCUGCGGGACCUCACCCUCCAAAACCGCAUCACCGUCUCCCCGAUGUGCACUUACUCCGCGGACGACGGCCACCUCACCGACUGGCACCUGGUCCACCUGGGCGCCUUCGCCCAACGCGGCGCCAGCCUCACCAUCGUCGAAGCCACAGCCGUGACCCCCAACGGCCGCAUCUCCCCCGAAGACAGCGGCCUCUGGCAGGACAGCCAGAUCGCGCCCCUGAAGCGCAUCGCGGAUUAUAUCCAUUCCCAGGGCCAGAAGAUUGGGAUCCAACUGGCCCAUGCGGGUAGGAAGGCGAGCACCCUCGGGCCGUGGCAUGCGGUGCCGGGGAAGUCGGAGGUGGCCGGGGAGGACGUGGGCGGGUGGCCGGGGAACUUGUGGGGGCCGAGUGCGGUGGAAUGGAACGAGGGGUAUCCGACGCCGAAGGAGAUGACGGUGGGGGAGAUUGAGGGGUUGGUGGAGAGUUUUGUGGAGGCGGCGAAACGCGCGGUGAAGGCGGGCGUGGAUGUUAUCGAGAUUCAUGGCGCGCAUGGUUAUUUGAUUAGCGAGUUUUUGUCGCCUAUUACUAACCAACGCACCGACGACUACGGCGGCUCCUUCACCAACCGCACACGCCUCCUCACCAACACCAUCCGCGCCAUCCGCGCCGUCAUCCCCUCCGGCAUGCCCCUCUUCGUGCGCAUCUCCGCAACCGAAUGGAUGGAACACUCCAACCAACCCUCCUGGGACCUGGAGCAAAGCAAACAACUCGCCCUUCUCCUCCCGGACCUCGGCGUCGACCUCCUCGACGUCUCUUCCGGCGGCAACAACCCGGCCCAGCAGAUCCGUCCGCACACUUACUACCAAAUCGACCUGGCCGAUGCUAUUCGGCAGGCGGUGAAGGCCGCGGGGAAGACGUUGGCUAUUGGGGCGGUGGGGAUGAUUAGUACCGCGGAGGUGGCGCGGAAUGUCGUGCAGGAGGGUGGCGCCUCGGAAAAUGGGACGGCCGGGAAGGCUAAUACGGAUGGGACGGUGGUGGUGGAGAAGGAGGAUGGGAGCAGGGCCAAGGCGGAUUUGGUGUUGGUGGCCAGGCAGUUUUUGAGGGAGCCCGAGUUUGUGCUGAAGACGGCGACGUUGUUGGGGGUGCCGGUGCAGGGGCCGAUUCAGUACCAUCGCGCGCCGUUGAAGCGGGAGAGACUUUAG